GAGAUCAGAAUACAGAUGUAGUCAUAUGUGUGUAUCAAUAAGAUAUAUAGGUAUUGAUUACAUAGCGGUUAUGUUGCAAUGAAAAUAAUCAAUAUAUUGAAACAAUCCAGAUUUGAAUCAGAAUACCAUUCUAACUUAUAAAAUAUAUCAUGAGGGAGGAGAGAGGGUCCUAAAAAUUUUCUGACCCGUGUGUUUCUGAUUUUCUCCACAAAUUGUUCAAGGUUUGCGCGACUCAAUUUUUGUACCCACGGGUUGAAGACCAGAAAUGACAACUCAUGUUCAUAUUUGUUACAAAUGUUCAACGAAAAGAGGAUUGUAAUCCCUUUGAUCUCCGCCCCUCUAAAUCCACCACUGACUUUGAUUGAAUAUCUUAUUUUUUUUUUUUUCGUUUUAUUUUAUUUAUUUUUCUUUUCGUCUUUGACAACUUCUGUUUAUAUUCUGACUUCAGUGCUAUUCGCUGUGGUUGUGGAUUUUUUUGAUCGAGAAUCCAGAAAUGCUGUCAAUCAGUAUAAAAUCAACGUUCUAUACAACCAGAGCUUUUUAUUUAUAUCUAAUGACUCUUCUAUAUAUUAAUAUUCAGGAAUAUAAUUGUGACUGCUUAAUCGGCGCUCUGUAUCUCAUUUUGAUUCCCUGUUACAGUUUGGUUUGUUGCUAAAUUACAUGGGCAUAAAAACGAAACAUCAGUUUAAUACAUGUAGAAAUCAGACUAAAUAGUUUCCCUUUGGUUCGGAAGGUGACUCCAUACGUUUUAGGGGAAGCUGAGUGCGUGUCGUAUUACUUAGAUGGUGUGUCGAUUAGCGCUUUUUCACUGCACCGUAAGCCUAGUAAUAUAUAAACUGCAAGUGUCCAUCUAAGUCUCUCUGUUAAUGGUCUAAUGUCUGGACAUCGGAAAUUGUAGUUAUUUAUAGAUUUUGGAUGUACGCAGCAAGCGCCGGUUAGAAAAAGCAGCAGUUAAGACGCAAGGGAGGACUCGCGCAAAUCGUAUGUACAUAAUUAUCUACAUCUAGCCGCACAGGAAAGCUAUACAGCGGGAAUGGGUGAUAUUGCGGUGUAUUAGAGGAGAACUCGUGUUGAAUGAUUCGGUAACAGCUGAUUUUCAGAGGUAAUUGUGUCGCUGAUACAUGUAAGUGUGUACAUGCAACUCCAUGCAGAAAAUCAGCAGGUUCGGGAUGAGAGGGCAGUGUAGACUAAGCACUGUAUGUCUUGUGCUGGUGUCGUUUGGAUUUACAAUUUUGGUGUACUAUUACCGAGUUGGGCAUUUUAAGGAAUCGACUGAAGUAACAAAUGAAAGUUUAAACAGUGUGAAGGAAUUUCAGAUUCCACAGAAAUCUGAAAAUAUAGAAAAACAAGUAUCACGUUCACAUGGGAAACAGCUUGAAAUACAAGAAGACAAGGACAAAGCUGAUGACAUCAAACGAUAUCUUUUGGCUCCGCAUCCGGAGGGAAACGUGGAAAACGUGGACAAAAUGUAUUCCCAGGCAAAACAGGACCAAGUGGUCUAUGACAUAGUAAGGAAGGAGGGUGGGUUUUUCGUUGAUAUUGGUGCACACGACGGACAAUUCUUAUCCAAUUCGUUGUGGCUUGAACGAAAACACAAAUGGACGGGACUUCUUAUCGAAGCCAAUCCAGAUCUAUGUCAAAAAAUAGAUAAGUUGAAAAGACAUGCUUGGAGGAUGUGUGCGUGUCUCUCUAGUACUAUGAAGUCCGUGUCUUUCAUUAAAGGCGAUACGGUUGGUGGUGUUGAACAACAUGUAGACAAGCAUCACAUGAAAAUGUUAAACAAUCAAAACAAAAUCACUGUCCCUUGUUUUAGUCUGGAGACUGCAUUAGGGGAAAUCAAAACCACCCAUAUCGAUUUCUUUUCACUGGAUGUAGAAGGUGCAGAAAUGGCAGUAUUGGGAUCGCUACAAGAUGGACUGAAAUCUAAGAAGUUUUUUGUAGACGUUUGGUCAAUUGAAUACAGAGUAUGGGAUGGACAGAAAGUGGUCGUGGAAAAAUCUCUGGAAAAUUUGAAUGCAUUAAGAAAGUAUUUCCAGACACUUGGUGGUUAUAGCGAACAUUCCCAGCUAUCAAACGACGGAAACUUUAAGGACGGAUACGCGCUAGAUGUUGUGUUUGUACGUAACGAGAUGUGGUGUAAGUCACGUGACAAGUUACCAAAUGGCACUGUGUGUACAAGAUGAUAUGCUUAAAUAUUGAUUUAGAUCAUAUUAUAUUCUCAAUCAGAAAGAUAUUGUCACCUGGGGAAACUCAAAUCAUUUUAAACAUGAGAGAGAAAAAAGAAAGAUAGAGAGAGAAAAAAAGAAAGAGAGAAGAGUUCAUACAAAAUGUAUUGAUUACAUUCGCUAAUGCAAUGAAGGUGUUCAUGAUAAUUUACGCGAACUUACCAACAAUUCAAAUACUCAGAAAUCCAGCAAUGUAUUCAACAUGUACACAUGCAUAAUAAUUAGUGUUGUGUGUGCGUGUCUGUUUCCUUUGAUUUCAUUAGAGACCAGUGAUUGCUCUUCAGUACAUAUCUAUCAUUGAAUGAGGAAGUGAUGUGUAACUUUGUAUAUAUGUCGGUUCAUGAGUGUUAUCAUAUGCAUUUUGAAGCCUGCGUCUCAUUUCACUUCUGUUGAUAUCAUUGAAAUAAUCAUAUUUUCUUCUAUGUCAGCAAAUAACAAAACCAUCAUACGUUUUGUGUAGAAAAUGAAGUUUUUGAAGCAAAUGUGCAUUCAAAUACAAACACAAAAUAACUUGUAGCAUGUAGUUGAAACAAUAAUUAUGAGUGUAUGUGUCUAUAACUGAUCAAAGUACUGGGAAUACCAAAGGUCAAGUAUGUAGAAAAUGUCAAUAAAAAAUACUCCUAUUUGCAUUUUAUUUAAAUGUAGCCAGAAAUAUGUGUGUUUGUAUAUCAGAAGAAAGUGGAAGUAUCCAAAAAUUGAAAACUCGGUCAGUAAUGAUAUGAUUAAUAUUAUAAAAGUACAUCCUGCGGGUGAAUAUGGUUACUGUGGUUUCUAAUAAUUGUAGUUCAGUCCGUGCGGUCUGUUCUAAUAUAGGUUUUCAAACUGUACAUGCGUUUCUGUGGAAAUAAUGUUUUGUGAGUGUAUGUUAAAAUAUUUUGAGGAUGUAUGUAAUACGUACUUCAUUGGGAAUGGGAGUUAUUGUUGAUUUUAGUCUUUAAGUUGUAUAAUCUGUACAAAUAAAUCAAGGGUGUUAAGAUACCCAAAAAAUGUAAUAAA